AUGGAUCUACGACCGGAGCUCCCCACGGUGUCCUCGGCGUCUCAGGUGCACCACCACAGCUCGGCGGGGGUCUCCAUCCCGGUGUCCAUGGCCAGCAGCCUCCUCCGCGGCCCUCCGCUCCUCCUGCGCGCAUCCGAGAAGUACCCCCGCACGCCCAAGUGCGCUCGCUGCCGGAACCACGGCGUGGUGUCAGCGCUCAAGGGCCACAAGCGCUACUGCCGCUGGAAGGACUGCAUGUGCGCCAAGUGCACCCUGAUCGCUGAGCGCCAGCGCGUCAUGGCGGCGCAGGUGGCGCUGAGGCGGCAGCAGGCGCAGGAGGAGAACGAGGCCCGUGAGCUGCAGCUGCUCUACGGGACGGCCGAGGGACUCGCCCUGGCCGCGGCCAACGGCAUCAUCCCGCCGCGGCAGAACUACGAGGUGUACGGCUCGGUCAGCACCGACGGCAACUCUGGUGAGUAUUCGAGCCUCCACAAGUACGAGCUGUUCAGCAAGAGCCAGCUGUCCGGGUCCAACACCCCGCCACAGAUCGCGGGCAAGACGGUCUCCACCGACGGCGACUCGGUGCCGGGCGUCUCCUCCCCUGAUGUCCGGCACGGCGGCUCGGGCUCCGAGAACGGCGACGGCGAGUCGUUCAGUCGCAUCGGAUCCCCCGUGUUAUCCAAAACCGUGAAAGACACGGGCGGGGACACCCCGGGCUCCGUCAGUCCCCUAGGCUCCGACUCGGGCUCAGAGACGGACAAGGACGAGCUGGAGCCGUCCCCGUCCUCCGCGGCCUCCAGACACAUGAACGCCAUCGACAUCCUGACCCGCGUGUUCCCCAGCCACAAGAGGAGCGUGCUGGAGCUGGUGCUGCAGGGCUGCGGGAAGGACGUGGUGCAAGCCAUCGAGCAGAUCCUCAACCACGGUGGCGGGGCGCACACCACCACGGCAGGCAAGGCCCGGGGCUCCGAGGGGGAGACGUGGACGGCGGAGCGGAUGCUGCACCAGCCCACCCUGUCCUCAUCCUCCGCCAGCAGCGCUGCCCAGCGGCCCAUGCUGCCGGGGGCCAUGACGCUAAGCAACCGCUCGGCCUUCUCCCCGCUCCAGCCCAACGCCCCACACUUCGGGGCCGACCCCAGUGCGUACCCUCUGGGCACCCACCUGGGGCUCAACCCGCUGAGGCUGGCCUACUCCGCGCACAGCCGGGGACUGGCCUUCAUGACCCCGUACUCCACCACGGGGCUGAUGCCCACCCUGGGCUUCAGACCCCCGAUGGACUAUGCGUUCAGCGACCUGAUACGGGACAGGACUCUGUUGCACAAGGAGCAGGGCUACACGAACAGCCUGUACGGCCCGCUGGUGAACAACACGCCGGACAAACAGUGAGGGCUGCCCGUGUCUGCCCUGCCAUGAACUCGGUCAUGGUAGAAUGACGCGUAAAGUAACGGAUUCGUGUAGCCACAAGUGUUGAAUGUGUUGGAGAAAUCUUGUGAUGUGUUUUUUUGGCCUACGAGCAGCUGUAAAUAAUAUUAUCUGACUUGUGGUCAUUUUC